AUGACGUGCCAAAAGCUUGGCCUCAGGUCUCAGUACUUAGGUUUUCAUAAGGCACUUUUUGCGCUUAUGGGAUUGAAGUUCGGAGAAUUUUCAGAUGGUGCUUGGUCAUGUGAAAAGCUGUCUGACGUGGCAAAUAAGGCAUUGAAGGAAGACCUUAUUUUGUGGCCUCCAGUUGUGAUCAUCCAUAACAAAGAGCUUGUGGGUAGGCUUAGAGAUAUGGGUUUUGGGGAUAGGGCUAAGGAGGCUGAGACGCUUCAUAAGGUUUUUGCUGAAAGCAAACAUGGGAGGGCUGAGUUCCUGGAGUUCAAAUCCUCAAGUAACCGGGAAAAUGUAAUUGAAGCGGAAUCUGCCCUAGAUAACAAGCUGCAUAGUAUUCUAUAUGGUUACUGGGCGAUUGCCGAGGAUCUUGGCAAACUGGAUUUUGAUGCCAAGAAGCGUCGUUUGGUGAAGAGCAAAAAGGAGAUUGCAAACAUUGCAGAAGCGCCUACAAAGACAUGA